CUACUUGUCACAUGUCAUAUAGCGGACUGUUAUUGACUCCACUUACUUCUAGGAGUCGAUAUUGAAAACUGAUCCGUUAGUAGUGAUCUUCAACCCAAUCCAAGAUGUAGUCACAACCUAAGACCCACCUAAACAUUCCGUCCAAAUGGUCUUCUACAAAUUGUAGCUUACUUCCUCAACCUAUAGUGCCAUCAAUCAAGACAAUGAUUAAAACACCCCUUCCAGUAUCUGGCAGUCCGCCUUUACUGCGAUCGAGCUCUUCUCAUAAAAUGGCACCACGGAAUAUGACAGGGUUAUACCUUGGCAGGGACCUCAUGCAAGCCGUUAUGAGGCCAAGUAGCGCUACCUUUAAACUGGAAGAGGUGAACAGCAGUCCAGAACUUAUUACUGUGAAAUCACAUACCACUGAGAAGGAACCAACCGUCUCCACGGUGCUGUAUCCAGCUGAUCUUGAGGCAGAGCAGGAUGACCUUGAACAGGCUGAUUUACCUAUGAAGAAAGCUCAGUCAGCGUUACUCCCAAGGGGACGAGGUUGUGCCUACCGGUGUAAAACACCGACUGAGGAGAGACGAUAUGCCAAAGUUGAGUCAUUGCGUUCUAAAGAAGAAAGUGUCAGGCGCGGCUUUACUGGUAACCCUCUCAAGAGAAAGCCACGAUAUUCUUCACCACCUCCGACUGCGCAGUCUACACCAAGAAAUUAUGAGUCGUACGGCCUUGAUGUUAUCAAGCAAAAUCCACGAAAUUAUACUAUGAUCUUGAAUAACGGUAUCCGCCAUUAUGAAUAUCUACAGAAUGGCCACAAAUAUGAUAAUUGCCUGCCACACGAAGAAGUCUUCAAUUAUAACAUCUCUGAACAUGCGGCAGAAGAAUUUCAACGAAUAGCGCGAAGCAAGCGGGAUUUAAUUGGUGUUGAGGAAGCUUAUCAAAAUAUUUGCAAGGGUAAUUCUGAAACGCUCUAUAGUUUAUUACCAAAACCAAGUGUUCUGCGGCAAAGAAAUCGACAGCAGUCCAGCAAAAGCACCAGUAAAUUAUGCACAGGACUCACGAUAAAAAGUUACAGGAAUCCGAACCAGGCCGAGAUUAUUGCAUGCUUCCCCAGCGAUGGACGGCCUAAGACCGUUCCCGGCAUGAGACCGAUGGUGCCGAGUCCUUACUUUUACAAGAUAACAAACAUGUCAAAAAAUACCAGUCAUAGUGCCAAGGCUCGAACACAUAGCGGCUACUCUCACGACACGGCUAAUAGUUGUCGGGACGUUCGUAUUCGUCAUUGGUGGAAGUGUUUGAAUUGCUGCCAAGGGCGCGAUUCUGAUGAAGCGAGAUAUAUGAAUGACUCAGCCGGAGAUAAACCUACUGAGAAGAUACAGGGUCAAAUUGUAGCCGCACCUGGUGCCGGAGUAAUCUCCAAAAAUCUAUCCUCAUCGCGACCACUGCCCCCGACUGAAGGUGUCAUAGCUGCUCCCUCUUCACCAGAACCAGACCAACAGCCAAAUCCAUUCCAGUCAGGCAGUAAACCAGACGAUUCUCACAUCUCUGUCCCUGGUGCUGACGUAGAGAUCUCCAGUGACCAAGGGUCAAGGAAGUCGGUAGUAAUCACCGCAGCAAAGCCCAAGAUGGCGGCAAAUAAGGCCUUGGAGGUGGCGAUAGAAGUCAAGAACGAGGACGGCGAAACGGAAAGUGUAGAAAUUGACGAGGUUGACGAUGAAAUCCAACGCGAUCGCGAAAGAGAAAUUGAAGCUGUCACUCCAUAUGGACAAUAUACAAGGUGCCGACGACAGUCAAUAACAGAUCGACUUAAGAAAAGAAGAUCUUCGGAAAUUGCUACUGAAAUUAUCAGAUUGUCAGCCAUCAAUAGAAAACGAGAAUUUAAUGAAUUGCUUGAUGAACACGCACGGCUAGUGGAAGAAAUCGAACGAUCGGAGGAACAUGAAGAAAAAGAAAAUCUCUCACAACACAAUCAGAAAACACCCAGCAAUAAGACGACAUAAAACCACACACCAUGUGACUUAGAACUUGUUUUUGAUUGGAUGCAUUCCAGACGUGAUCCUACAUCUCUGAUCUCAAGCACGAAUUUUGGAAUGUUUGGAAUAUGCGAAUGCGUAAUUUGUGGAAAGUUCGGAAUAGAAUAAAUUCACGGAUUGUACCAUGACUUGUGGAUUAGAAAUGUUGGGAUCAUUGUUUUAUGGUCGUGAUAAAAUGAUGUUGGUGUUUGCCGAUUAGGAGAUGUUAAAAUGCCGAGUAAAGGAUGGUCAAGAGGUUGUGAGGGUUGUAUUAUAAUGAUAGAGUGGCUAUGCCCAUGAGUAUAUCCCAAGGAGGCAAUCGUAAUCUUUUUGGAUUUCAUAAAUACCUCUAUGUGGAUUGGUGGCAUAAGAGUGACAUUGUUCGGUCCGUGAAUGUGCAACAGAAUUGUAUACACAGGCACCAUUGGAUUUGCUGAUCCUCUGGUUGUGUCGCAGAUCAUUGAAAAUAAGAAAUGAUCAGAGAGAAGCCUCGUGGAUUACGGUUGAGAGUUUUUAUGGUCAAUUCUUGGAUCAGGAAAUAAUGUCUGACAUAAACUAGCAAUGGAAUCUGAGUGUUUGGAUAAAGUACAUUUGGAUAUAGUUUUUUAUCAAAUGGCAUGGGUUAUGUAGCUAUAGUGCACUCAUUAAGAUCAAGAAAUGCAGUGCAGAGGUCAAUCCAUGCAUAUAAUCAAGAGCCAACUGUUGCGAUUGUCAAAUUUUGAGCUCAGCCGAGAGGGGUGUUGGUAAAAUUUUAGCGUAUUUUUAAAGUGAGUAGUUUUAUAGGUGGAAGUGCUGGUAUUUUUAUCAUGUCAAGAGGUACACAUCACUUCACAAUAACUGAUGUUUCUGAUCUCGACUGGUUCCCAAUAGAUUCUAUGGCUUUUUGAGGACCGUGUGCCUGCUGUUGAAUUGCCUGUUGGUAGGCCUAUUACAUUGGUAGAAUCAAGGAGGGAAUAGAAUCUGUUCUAUCUUCGGUAGAAUUGCAAAUACCAAAACUAAUUCAAUGAGUUUUUGGUAAUUCCAAGGAUAAUAAAGAGUAGUCCGUUGAUUACCCCCAGCCCAGCAUUGGAACCAAUCUAUUUCUAUUUCUGUUUCAUUACAUUGGCAUUUGUUUUCUAUUUCAUGUGUAUUUUUCAAUAUUUGAUGUAUGAUGAUGAUGUCAGCGCCUCAGUUGCCGAAUUCUGAUGUCUACCAAGAGAGCAUUGAGCACUAUCUCCUUGAUCGCGAAGAUGACGUCUGUGUACAGUGUGUAUCAAAAUGAAUGGAGCAGCCCUGUUUUGGUUGCCAGUAGAAAUUGGGAGUUGGAACUGGAACAUGUCUAAUGUUGGAAUUAAAGAGGGGAGUUUAUUGCAAACAAGUUUUGGUCGCUCAACUUACGAUUGUGAUGGAUAAGACACAAUUAGUUCCCAAGCUAAAGGUCCAGUGACGGCAUUGUCAGGGUUGCUGCCCGUGGGGAGGGGGGCUGAGGGGGUCAAAGACUUUCCAGAGUAAGCAUGGCAUUUUCCUGAUUUAAAAAAAUCGUCAUUGGAAUAUUUUUGAUACACACUGAAGUGCUCAGUUAAGUAAUUGGUGCCUGUUGUAUUGUGUUGCAUCUUACAUUACAAUGAUAUGGUUCUUAGUUCCCGAUACAUUACAGAUACGCCACAUAACUUCAUGAUAAAUGUUUUUUUGUUGUCAAGUACAUUUUGAUUCUCUUCAGACCGCAUCUUUAAGUUAUGGCUUUUGUACUAGAAAACUUUUGCUUUGUUGAAGUGAAGAGUUCAAUCCAAGUCAGGGUGUCACACACAUUUGGCUAUUUUGAGAGAAAGCACAUGAACUUAGAGAUUGGGUUAAACGGGGGGGUGUAUCGAGAUAAUGCCAGGCCAGAUAGUUGACAGAUAGAGUCCCUGUAAACUAUCAGUCUCUUUCUUUAUUGGUUAGGAGAAGGUAAAAAUGUUUGACAUUCGUCAACAGUGAAUGAUUUACUUAAAGUUCCCCAAAAAUUACAGAGUAAUCAACAGUGUGGGACAACUUUUAAAUGUCCAAUGUCCAAAUUAUCAAUAGUGAAGCACUACCUCUUAACAAUCUUCCAAAUAUAUAUAAAAUUGACCAAUUGGGAAACACAUGAAUGGGCCUCUAAUACACCCAGUCAAUUUUCACACUUGGUAGACUGUCACAUAUUGGGAGAAGACUCUGUAUGAGCAAGAUUGUCCUUGACUCCACCAUUGAUGUUCUAAGAGUCACUGCACGCGCAGGAAAACUUGACUGGCUUGGUCUCGGCAUUCACUGUAAGGGAUGGAACCACGGCAUUGUCAUGGCAACCUGAGGGAGACUGUGUGCAUCAUGCAGUUGUCUUCAUCAAUCAUACCAGGUGUUCCAGAAAAUAAUUGACAUUUUCGACUUCCAGUAUCUCCCAACUUAUGAUGUGGAAAACUACCAACUUCAUGAGUUGAGUACAUUCUGUUCAUUGUAACUGACGACCAAAAAGCAUUGCUCUUUUGUUGCCUAACUCACAGAUGUUUCGAAGAACUAUUUUACAGGCAAAUAUUGUUCAUAUUAUAAGUCAGGUAUAUUGAAAUUGUCUGUAGCGCAAAUACAGGUUCAUAUAAUUCUGUCAACGAUGCCCGCAUGGCAUACAAGAAAAUAUCACGAAAAAUGAAGAAAUAACUGUGUAAAUAUUGGUCAUCAUUGCUCUGGAAUUGUAGUGAGUUAUGCAGUAAUUUAUUGAGAAAAAAAUCAUUUGGAUGUCAAUUACAAUAUGCUUUAUGUGGUUUAAAAGAUAUUAGAAGAUAUUUGAUAGAAAUCAAAAUUGUCAAGUACAUUUUGUAACACCUAGUAUUCAAAGACUAUCCUUAUCCUUAUCAUGACUUGAUUAAGAUGAGUUUGUACAAAAAUGAUUGAAUAAUACGUGUCGUGUCAUUAAUAUGAUGUACAAAAAUCAAAGGAUUCAUUUUCAUCAAUUAAAGCCGGUUAUGAUGAACAGGCAGGAAGUAAUUAUAUUUAUGGUAAUGUUGUUUACAAUAAAACCUCUUUCAGCUGGGAAAAAAUUAUCUGGGUGGGAGGGCUUGAACUUGAAUGCCAAGUUCACGGAAAGUGUUCAGCUUUUAUAAGUGACGAUGAUAUUCAAUUCUAAAAUUAGUGCUGCCAUCUUGUAACAAUUGUAUAACUGAGAAAGUAGUUGAUUUCCUUUUUCAAGACGCCAACAAACUGUCAGCUCACACAUCACAUUAAAGGGGUUCUCAGCUUGGCGUAUAGUUGCAAAUGUUCUGUAUAGGUGGCGAUAGUGUUGAUGUUAAAGGAGGAUAGUCUCAAGAGAAUGCCAGGCGAGCAUUGUUGAAGUUUACUGCAAGUUAUAUAGAGGGCGGUUCUGGGAUGUAUUGGAAUAUGUGGGCAAAGAAAGGCUCUGUACAAUGUUUGUGCACAUUUUUUGAUGUAUAUCUGCAGUGAUCAGGAGUCAUAUAAGUAACAUGUACAUAUUCAGGCUCUACCUGUCAUAUGAAAAUCGCUGGUCACUCGCUGAAUUAAAAGCAAUUUAUUUGAGCUUUAAAGUCAUUUUACGUGUCUGUUAAGUGGAUAAAUUUGAUAAAUAGGACAAAGUAACCGUUUCAUUGUGUGAUCUUUGCUGCAUUUACUUUGUGCUUUCGGAUGUAAUUAGGUUUAAAUCCUUUGAUUUGAUUGUAAAUACUUCAUGAGACAUGUCCCCAUAUAUCAUAACCAUGAAAAUAGGCCGAUGUAUGUGAAAUGAACAAAUCAUUUUUGGAACUAUAGAAAUAAGGGUGAAAGCUACUGAGUCUAAAAUAUGACUUGGAAGGGGGCCUAAGGCAUGAGAUAGGGGGUCAAAUUGGAGGUCUUCAGAGUAGUUAUAUACCCACUUAUGAGACUGGGAGUGUUUAAUUCAGCGAUAAAUGUAUUCCAGCGCCUCUAAACUUGAAGAGUUCUGCUGAACUGUGAGAUAAGAGAGACCCCUAUCAGCGAUUUCAUGUAACUUAAUCUGGCCCACCUGUAGCUCCUGCCUAUAGUCUCCCUUUAAGGUGAAAUAUGAUAUUUAGGUUAAAGGACCUAUUUAGGCAUUAUAUGAUAUUCAAGCAAAAUAUCAUAUUUAGCCUAAAUAUCUAAUUUGGGCCUAAGAUGUCGUGAUUUUUUUCAGUCGGUGGGAUGUUUCACUAAAGGCCUAACCCCUCAAAGACGUUUCAUGUGACUUAGAUCUCACUUGGUCUUUGUCAUUUCGAGCUGCGUAAUGCCUGCUGAAAAAGGCUGUGUGAAAUACAGAUGCUGAUGUGGAUAUAGGCCUUGUCAUCAGUUACUUUUGGAGUAACUUUUCAAGGCAAGGUAUUCUUACAUUGCCUUAUUUGUGAAGUGAUGUGCACCUCAAUCGUAUAAUAUAAUUUGGUGAUCUGUGUAUAAGCAAACACAUGCCCCUUCUUAGUGACUCGACAGCGCUGCCCCCUGUUGGUGAUAUAACAAACUGUAAAGUGGAUUCUUUUGCUCCUGUGAUGUAAGUGCUUGUUGAUAAUGUCGACCUUGACCUUUGAUGCAAAAGUGCGUGGAAAUAUUUGUUAGCCUUUCCAAACACCAGGUGGUGUACAUCGCUUACAUCAUACCGGUUUUUGUCGUUUCGAGGGGUCACAAUUCCUCUCUACAUUUUUACACUCAGAAUUUCUUUUGCAAUGUAUGACCCUUUUAUCAGAAGACAUAGUCAUAGAAUCUUGACAGACGAGUAAAUUUAUAUGAUUGCAGGCAAAAAGUUCUUUUGUCUGUUCAAAUGAGUGGUUUUGUGAUACAUUGUAUACAUUCAAGCAGUUGUAGUUCUUGGGUACAUGGGGACGGGGAAAAAGCCAAGGUUCUUGAUGUAAGUGAUGGUCACCACCUGUUCCAGCCCUGGAGAUAAAGUGUUAUUUUGUGCAUAUGUGAUCAGUCAAAGGGAGUACUCUUUUGUAAACCUCGUAAUAAUCGUAAAACCUUUUUGAUCAAAUUCACCAAUGUCAUCCAUAGUGACAUCUGUCAGAUAGUCUAGGUUUCACAAAAUGGCUACCAACUAGACCGCCAACAAGAUCUAGAUAGUGUAUAUACAGUCAGUUGGCCGCGCCCCCGUUCGCAGCGCCAAAAGAGCGUUUCUCUCUGCGUUGCGCUGCUACUGUCACCUAUCGGUAAAAAUUUGAUACUAAUUCGCGCCAUAUUUGUGGCAGAGACUAAAACCUCUGUAGCAUGCACGACUGUUCGGGGAGAGCGAUUGAUCAAAGAUGGCGAAAUUGUUAGUUAUUGAAAGAAAAAAUUGGUGUUUAUUUCAUCAAAUUCCAAGCAAAAUCAACCGAGUUUGAUCAAUUUUUCGAAAUAUGAUAUUUUCGCAAUCUUCGCUGAACAUACCUCACUCAAAGAUAUUUUCCAGCUUUGCGGCGAUAUUUGGUAAAUUGAUUUUUUGCGAAGUGGUUGACCAAUCCUAAAUGAAUUCAUAUCUUUUAAAACAUUUGAGCACCCGGUUUCCUAAAUAUUUCUUUUUUGGCACUUAAUUUGGUGAUUUUUGGAAGAAAUCUCAUUAAUAUUUAUGACGUUUUGGAUCACGUGAUGUUAAUCAAGCCGUUUUUCGCGGCAAUUGCGUGCACGACGCGAUAUUGUAAAAAUAUUUUAAUGCACAGCGUGUCUCAAAAAAAUUGUGGUUAAAAGUGAGAAUGGCAUGAUGGUAGCCUGUUUGAGUUCUGUUGAUGAAUAUGCUUAGUCUGACUAUAAUUUCUACAACUUGUGGCCAAAUGACCAGAUGAUUUUGAGCCUUUUGAUAAAGCUACUGGUAGAAUAGUCGUCAGAAAUGUCAGAGCGACAGUGACUGAGUGAGUGUUAUGUUAUUGUUAUGUUAUGAGACUGGAGGUAUGUCAUGUGUUCCACCAUAUCGUCAUUGAUAUUGACCAGGAAUACUAUCGAUUUGUGUGGAUGCACUGCUCAAACAGUAAAGCAUGAGCCAUGAUGCUUCACUUCCGAAAAGAUCCAGGUGACUGAGAUGUCUACUACUACUGUUGGGCAAUCCGGCUGAUUCUUCAAAAAUUUCUCUGUAUAUCCUCUGUGAAAAUAAACUUUCUCAUAAUGAUAUAUCUUUUGUUUGUUUGGUAAUUUUAGUUGCCUAUGUUUAGGCACUUUUUUGCCAGAUUUGCCUGUAAAAGGCUGCCAUAGUUCAGGAAAAGAAAUCAUAUACACAUUACAAUGUGGAUCUUCACGGUCCAAAACACCAGGGCCUACUAGGUGACAUGGCUCAAUAAUAGGC